AUGGAUUUCGUCAACAAGCUCGCUGGCGGUGGUAACAACCAAGGCCAGUCCGUCAACGAGCAGGUCGUCCAAGGCCAAGGCUCUGAGCAGAAGUCCUCCGGCUCCGGUGGCUUCCUCGGUGGCAUCGGUGACAAGCUCAACUCCGCUGCUGGCGGCGGCAAGGAGAGCGAGAAGAACGAGGACUACCUCGACAAGGGUGUCGACUUCGUCCAAGAGAAGUUCAUGGGCCAGGGUGCUCAGGACAACGAGUCCGCCGUCGAGCAAGCCAAGGACGAACAGAUCAGCGACUUCAUCCGUGGCCAGUACAAGUCUACCACUGGCUCCGAUAUGCCCAUCAAGGACAAGGAGACUCGUCUCGGUUAA